AAUGCCAACCUCAAAUUCUGUCUUCCCUAGGACAUAUUGGAUUCCAUGUCCUCCAAACUAAAUGAAGGCAUUUUGCUAAGCGGGUGCCAGGCAGAUGAGUUGUUUGUAGACAUGAGUGAGAGUGAGGGCGAAGGGAAGGCAUGUGGGGUGUUUAGCAAUACGAUGCAGAUGGUGCUAAAGGAGAACUUGGGUUUGCUCAAUAACAAGGAAGUUGUGAUGAUGGCCAAGAAGGUUUUACAAGCACAAUGGUUCGAGCAGCAUCCUUGCUUGUACUACAAUAAUGAGAAUAUUGAUGCUACCUUCUUGUGACAGUUUGAGUGCUAGCUUUUAUCCCAAGUGUUUUCCCUUUGGGAUUCAUAGAUCCAUGGUUUCAAUUUUCAAGUUCGCGUGUUGGAAUAAUAACUAAUUUUUUAA